AUGAGUGGUGAUGGAAAACGUGCAGUAUCUGGAUCGUACGACAAGAGCGUACGAGUUUGGGACGUGGACACAGGACUGCAAAUCGGCGACGCAUUAACUGGACACACGGGUGAGGUGUCGAGCGUUGCGAUGAGUGGUGAUGGAAAACGUGCAGUAUCUGGAUCCUGGGACUUGAGCGUACGAGUUUGGGACGUGGACACAGGACUGCAAAUCGGCAACGCAUUACCUGGACACACGAGUCAGGUGUCGAGCGUUGCGAUGAGUGGUGAUGGAAAACGUGCAGUAUCUGGAUCCUGGGACUUGAGCGUACGAGUUUGGGACGUGGACACAGGACUGCAAAUCGGCGACGCAUUACCUGGACACACGAGUCAGGUGCUUAGUGUUGCGAUGAGUGGUGAUGGAAAACGUGCAGUAUCUGCAUCGGAAACGACCGUACGAGUUUGGGACGUAGAGAAAGGGAGUAUAGUUCAUCUCGGAAAGUUGAAGGACUGGCGAGAUAUCGUGGAGAGAUUUCUGAAUGCGGAAAACUUACGUGCCGUCUCUCGCACUAGACGUAGGCGCGAAACGCUCAAAGUUUUCGUGAGCGGCGGGAAAAUAGUGCAUGAGAGAGAGAAUGGCUCUGAGGCUGUUUUGGCGCAGCUGGAGAGUACGGUAGACUCGUGGGAGAUAGACGAUAAUCAUGGGGUCUUUGUUGGAGCGGCCGGCAACUGGGUGGCUAUCAUGAAACUAGUGGUCUAG